CCAUAUAUAAAACAGCAUAUUACUUGUUUAGACGUAGCCGCAACAAUACCCCCUGAAGAUGUUAAACUAACUUUAAGACAAUAAGGUGACAGAUUUACAAGAUUGUUUCACUUACUAAUUUAGUAUCCACAUCUCUCAACCAUGUAGAGUUUCGUGAGUUCUGUUUGGGGGUACUGAGUUCAUCUCGUUUGAAGUAUUUUCCAGGCGAAUUAGGAGCUAAAAGUGGACACUAAAUUAGCUUUAGGAUCUCAAAGUUAACUUCGGAUAUUCACUAUGAGACUUUCAAAUCUCAUCGUGUUAAUGUCUUGUUUUGGUAUAGAGAACUUUAUAUAAUCUCUUUAUUGUUUAUCUUCGAAACCUAGAAACUGCCAUAAAAUGAUUCGAGGUCCGUCGUCAUAUAAUCUACAAGUUGAAGUUAAGUUCUUCCGUACGAUGGUCAGCUAACGGGAUUUUUUUUCAUCAGUAUCACUGUUCACAGUUGUCUUGGUUAACGCUUUCACUGGGACUUCUGAUAUCCAAUCUGCGCUUAAAGUACUAGGAUACUGUCUACAAUACUGUCUCCGACUCAGCAGAUGAGUUAACUCCGCACCGUUUGGCUGCUAGCCUCUAUGUCAGCAUACCAGCUGCUUUCAAUCGAACAUGGUUUUCACUAGGAUGUUUCGUGGCACACUGGGAAAUAAUGAACAUCUGCCUUCAAUAUAUGUAUAUAUAUGUGUGCUGAAUAUUUAAAUUUUAUCAUAGUAAAUUCCGCGGGUGUAUGAGCCACAAGUGAAUGUUGGUAUAGACUAUCGGCUUUUAACUCAAGUAAUUGACUGUUAGGAUAAUCCAUCGGAACAAGCAGCAAUUAGAUCAUCACCAUUAUCCAAUCAAUAGGAAAUUCAACAAAUGAACUACUUUUCAGGAGAGAAAUAAUAAAACAGAGUCCAUAUUAAUGUCUGUAUCUACUUCAAUCGUUGCAGGUUCAUCCUUGUGGUGUAAAAGUGGAUAACUGAUGCACUUUACUAAAGAUCUAAGAAAACUUUUAAAUAUCAUGUGGAUAUAUCUCUGCCUUGUUCUUCGCCUCCAAAUAAAUCAUAUGGCAUAUAAGUUGUUUGCAUUCUUAUGUUCCCAGUACAUGAUUUUUACCUCUGAGUUAGGUGGCAUUUUACCAAUGAGUCUUUAUAAUUCUUUAUUCUGAACCAAGCAAAAAGUCGAUACAUUCUCACAUUAUUAUUAUUGGUGAAACUAUUCUAGGUCAUGAACUCAAAAAUGCUAACGAAAUGCACUUAAUUUGUCAAUAUCUAAACCAGUUGGUUUACUUUCAUCGAUGUACCUCCUUUUGAUUUGCAAAUAUGUUGUGUCUCCGAUUGGUUAAUCUCUCAGUUUCAGGUCUUUGGUUGACAGUAUCGCUUUCUGUAUACUUGUAAUUUUGAGCAUCUGUAUUUAAUUCUUUGCAGCGCUUCAGAUCAUCAUAUUAGUUGUUCACUGUGAUUACUAUUUCUUUAUAUGUAGUCUUUCGUAAAAUAUUGGAUAGUUUUCAGGAGAAUGCAUCUUAGGACCAGUCUAGACUUUAGUUAAAAAGUGUUGCUGGCAACCUAAAGUAAUCAGCAUUUUGUGGUCAUUUCCAUUUUAUUCUCACUGAGCUGCUAAGAUGAAUCCUUUUACUCGUUUCAACCCGUCAAACUAGGUAGGUAACCUGAAAACUGGAAGUUCUGUAGCUACAUACGGGAGCUUGGAAAGCAUUAUACAUGACACUGCAUUGGAUUUAUGUUGCUUUUAAACAACACAAACUCUACGGUUGAUUUGUAAUAGAUUUUCUUAUAUUUCUGUUUGUUGUCGUUGGCGUCGCAGUACAAGCAUUCUGCUUAUUAUCAGUUUUAUUCAGUGCUUAAAUAAUUGUUUUUAUGAAAAAUUGUUGUUGAUCGAUGUUUUCAGAUUUGAAUUACAGUUCUAUUCAACGUGGUGAUAAAUUAUCUGAAGCACACUCUGCUUCUUGAAGUUCUAUGAAUCAAGGUUCUCUCACACAAGAUUCAACUGAUGAAGAGUAUGAAAAAAUUAAUUCCGUGAGUAUAUUGGAUACGGAAGCACAUCCUCUUCAAAAUUUCUGUUCAAGGAUUAUAUUUUCUUUGCCACCGUCAAACGAAUAUGUUACAGCAUCUGACACAUAAAUUUUCAAAUAUUUGCCAGCUUCUGACUUGCUGCGCAAUAUUCCAGCUGUUUGUCAGUUGUGGUACAAUGCAUCGCAUGUUCCUACUCUUCGAACCAGCUUGAGUUUGCGUCGUCAGACACCAUCGGAGUUAAUCCUCAGAGGUAUUUUAAGUAGACCGAUGCUUCGAGUUUUGCGUUGCGUGGGGCUUGAACAGGCUAAAUAUGUACUAGCAGAUGCUAUCAAGUUUUGUCGUAUGCUCACAUGUCUUGAUAUAGGAUUUACUGCUUUAAGUGAACGAGAAACAGUUAUCCUGGCACAGAAUCUCCCACCAACAUUACUUCAUCUAAAUGUUGAAGGAGUGAAUACAAUUGAGAUCCUUUUCAUCACUACUCUAGUAUUGAAAUGUCCAAAACUAGAAGCGCUCAACCUGUCACAUUGUGUUUCUGUCUGUGAUUCAUGCAUUAAAAUAAUCUCAGAACGAUUACACAAUCUAUGUCGUCUUAAUUUAGAUGGUGUAUUAUGGAUUACAAAUACAGGAAUUUUAUUUCUAACUGAUAGUGAAGCUGUUCAAAAUGGUAAACUUAAUGCUCUAUGGCUUGAUGGUUUUGAACUUUCAAAUUCUGGAUUAAAUGAAUUUAUUAUUCGAUUGGGAAAUGCUAAUCAACGCUUAUUAAAUUGUCAAAAUCCUGUCUAUCCUGAAUCUGAUCAUCAUCAUCAUAUGCUAGGGAUUCAACAAUUAUGGAUUAGUUUUUGUGAUAACAUUGAAGAUACAACAGUCAUGUCUAUAGCUAACCUGUCAAAUCUUAUCUCACUUACCCUAAGAAAAACACAACAAGUUACGCCUAUCGCUUUAAGUUCAUUAUUUGUCUGUCAAACUGCUGAUAAUUUAAAUCGAAAAUUUAUUUUAAAAUAUCUUGAAUAUUUAGAUUUAAGUGAAGCACCAGGUGUAAAUGAUUCUGUAGUAUUAGACAUGUGUAGUUGUUGUGGUAGCCGUCUACGUUCACUUAUUUUAGACUGGUGUUGGGAGGUAACUGAUAUUGGCAUUAAUGAAAUAAUUAACGUGUGCUGUUGUCUACAUCAAUUAAGUCUUAUCGGAAAUUCUACUAUACACGGUACAGCUUUAUCUGAAAUUCCAGUGAAAGUGCCAAAUUUAGUAAUAUUAAAUUUAACUCAAUGUAAUCGUAUUUCAGAUGAUAUACUAGAGACACUUGCAUUUAAAAUGCCUAAUUUAUAUGUUUUUGAUUUUUUCGGUGAACGUGUUGGUGGAGAAUUGAAUGAUGUCUGUCAUUUUGAUGUAUCUAGAGCAUUGGGUAAAGUGCCGAUAUGCAGUUGUUUUCGAUAAAAGUUAUGAAAUGACACGGGUCAGAGGGUCAGGGUUCGAACCUUGCUCCAUCUACUUCACUCAGGAUAAACUAGAUAAUAAAAUUAUCAGCUGUGUUACACAUUAGGUGUGUGUGUGUAACUGACAUAGUGAGAUUGUUGAGAAAUCUCAUCCUAGUAACUGAAUUCAUACUAUAAUAGUUAUGAUUUAUGCGAGUUAUCCUUCAUGCUAAAAGUGAAUGAUAAAAGUGCUAAGCAGGAUUUUGAUUUUUUAUUAUGAAAUAGACUUUUAUGUAUUUCUGUCACCUGUGCUCUAUAAUGAGAAGUAAACUUUUGUAAUAUAAUUUCAAUCUAAUUUCUGUUUGUUUGUUUGUUUGUUAUUUUUUCCCCUUCAAGUGUAUUUUUUAUUUGGUUUUGAAAUUUUUUUUCUAUUCCACUGCUUUUCUGAUGUUUGGUGAUUUUGCUUUUGUUGUUUUUGGUUGCUAUAUUCUAAAUCUUCCAUAGACACUAUGUAUAUUUCAGUUUUGUGUACAUUAAUUAUGCAUAAUACUUACUAUUUUUUUUAUUAUCUAGUUAAGAAAAGAAGAAUAUUGUUUUGAUAGUUA